CUUCCUGUGCUGGUGCCUGAUGGAUAUGGAUGAGGUGAGACAUGACACGACGUGCCCUUUUUAUCCACACCAUCGCGCCGGGCUGUUGUCAGCCUGUGACUGUGGCGACUGCGCUGCGGCUCACUCCCCCACCAGAGACGCCUCGCUCGCUCGCCGGCCGCCACGCAGCGCACACGACGAUGCUGGCCCCGACCGCCGCCGGGCCAUGCCCCUCCUCCCCGGCUCCGCCGCCGACACCCACGACCACAACGGCGCCUCCUCACCUCAUCCACUUCCCUCCCCUAACCACCCACCACCGCGCGCGCAGGUGCCAGUGCCGCGCCAGGCCACCGAGAGCGGGACCGGCGCCCACGCCUCCGCCGGCGCCGUCGUCUCGGCCGGCGAGGGACCGCGUGAUCGAGUUCGGCAAGCACAGAGGGCAGAUGCUGGGCACGCUGCCGCCGUCGUACCUCCGCUGGGUCGCGGCCGAGCUCGACUACGGGGACACCGCGCCCUGGGCGGACCUCGCGCGCGACGUCCUCGACGACCCCGUCUACGUCGACCGCGUCGAGUGGGAGCACGCGCACCGCUUCCUCCGCGGCGACGCCGACGGGUACGACUACGCCUACGACGACGGCGGCGACGGACCGCUCCAGGAGAUGGCCGAGCGCUUCGGAUGGGACCUCUCCGACGAGGAAGGGUGGGGCCGCCUCGAUUUCCGCCUCCUCGGCACAUCCUACGGCGGCCGCAUCCCAAGAAAGGACUCCCGGAGGAAGCAAAGCAACAGCAGCAGCUCCACCGGUGGCGGCGCCAAGAAGGGCUCCCUGUUCGACGCCCCGGACGGCGCCGGGGGAAAGCGCGACGAGAGGAGGGAGCGGGUGCGGAUGAGGAGGGAGGAACAGGUGAGGACGGCCAAGAUGGACAUGCUCGGGGUGAAUGCCGGCGUGGCAGACGGCGGCAUCCUGGGGUCGUCGUCGGCGAGGAAGCAGGCUCAGAUCAGGACGGCCAAGAAGGAGAUUUUGGGUCUGGGUCGAGGUAGCCGCGCCGGCGAGAUGCUCGACGAGAAGAGGGCGCCGGUGAAAGGCGGACAGGGCGCCAGCCCCUUCCCCGGCCGGCAAUCAUUCCUCGACAAGGUCAGGAAGCUCAAAGGUGAUGAAUGAUAACUAGCUAGGAUUUCCCAUGGGGAGUAGAGUAGGAUGAGUUUGCACUUGAGAUUGUGCCAGAAAUCAAAACUUCAGUCAAUUCAGUCCAGAGCGACGAUUGAUUAAAGUUCGCUGAAAUAGUUAUUUCAGCAGACAAUUCUGUACAACUACAGCAGAAAAUUUAUCAUCUAUGAUAAAUCGACAUGAAGAGAAUUGUUUCUCAUCAGCUGGAA